CGCCAGUGUCCUCCUCUCUUUCCACCACCACUCACUCACCCCCCUUCAGAGAACUAUGCGGCUCUCCACGGCUGUCCUCGCCAGCGUGCUCUCGCUCCUUCCGCUCGCGAACGCGCAAUACUUCUCGGAAGGAUGGGCCCCUGGCAUGCCCGUGCCCACGAUGCCUGCCGCUCCUCCUCCCUCUUUACAUCAAUCUACAGGAGGAGCUAGCGGUGGAGUACCCGAACCCGUAUCAGCGAAGUCUACACUCCCAUCUCUGUCGGAACUGUCAGAACGCUUCAGCCUGCAGAAUAUCCUGUCUUCUGCACCGGUAUCGGCUCUGUUCGACAAGGCCGGGAUCAAUAUCACCGAACGGCUCGCGAAUGCGCAGAUUAAUAACUUCUGGGAUUCGCGGAUACCGCUCAUCACUGAUGAGAAUUGGGAGGAUAUUCUCGUCAAUGAGGAGUUGACGGAAGAAGAAGAGAAGGACAGGGUUUGGUUCAUUCUCAUCACCGUGACGGCCGCGACACCAAAUGGUGUCUCUAAAUAUGCAGACGAGAUGUUUGACCAAGCCUAUAACCUCACACAAAUCGCAGGUGACCUCCCCGACGUCCGGUGGGGAAGGAUCGACUACAUCAACGUCACUUCUAUCACCACCAAGUGGGGUGUCUGGCAAGCACCCAUGAUCGUCGUCGCGAAAGACAGAGCGCAAACCCUCCGCUUCUUCCGCGCCACACAGAUCUCUCUCAAACCAGAAGCCCUCCGGGAGUUCCUCCGGAUUAAGUUCUGGGAACAGCGCGCUCCGUGGAAGUCUUCGUUUGCGCCUGGUGGGGACUAUGAAUAUAUAACAGACUACCUCGCCAUAGGCAUGAAAGAGACAUACAGAGUGACGAACCGUCUACCCCGCUGGGCACUCUACCUCAUUACCGGCGCCAUAGGCAGUUUCAUGCUACAGUUCUUCCAUCGGGGAGAGACGAAGAAGGCGGAGGAGAGGGAGAGGAAGAAGCAGGAGUUGUUGGCGGAGAAGGAGAGGCUGGAGAAGGAGAAGGCGGAGAAGGAGGCUUUGAAGGAGAAGGAGGAGAGCGAGAAGGAGGGAGGGAAGGAGAAGGAGAAGAAGAGUGGAAACGGAGGAGGGAGUAAGGGAGGCAAGGGGAAGAAGGGAGGGAAGAAGUGAGGGUGAUCGUUAGGCAGGGGGAGGUAUAUAUAUGGGCAUUUACUGUGGGUACUGUGGGGCAUUGUUGUAUGACGAAGUCGAACUGGUCGUGAUACCGC